AUGUCUUCAUUCCAAUUACAAAAUUCAGAAGUACUAGCUAGAUUAAAACCAUUUGGUAUAUCAUUUGAAAAAUCACUAAGUGAUUUAAUUAAAGGAAUACGAGCUCAUUCAAAAGAAUCAUCAGAAAGUUUGGUAAAUUUCCUCGAAAUUGCAAUUCAAGAAUGUAAAUCAGAAUUAACAACCACCGAUUUAGAAACUAAAGCAAUGGCAAUUUUAAAAUUAGCAUAUUUAGAAAUGUAUGGAUUUGAUAUGUCAUGGGCAAAUUUUCAAAUUUUAGAAGUUAUGAGUUCAAAUAAAUUUCAACAAAAACGUAUUGGUUAUUUGGCUGCUAUUCAAUCAUUUAAAAAUGAACAAGAUUUAUUAAUAUUAGCAACUAAUCAAUUUAAAAAGGAUUUAAAUUCUUCAAAUCAUACUGAAAUUGGUUUAGCAUUAAGUGGAAUUGCAACUAUUGUUACCCCCCAUUUAUCUAAAGAUAUAAAUGAUGAUGUAUUAAUGAAAUUAAAUCAUUCAAAACCAUAUAUUCGUAAAAAAGCAAUAUUGGCAAUGUACAAAAUUUUUUUACAAUAUCCUGAUAGUUUAAGAACAAAUUUUAAUCGAGUUAUUGAAAAAUUGGAUGAUUCUGAUGUAUCAGUUGUAAGUGCUACUGUAAAUGUAAUUUGUGAAAUUUCGAAAAAGAAUCCAAAGAUAUUUGUAAAUUAUCUACCUAAGUUUUUCAAUAUACUUGAAGAUACAAAGAAUAAUUGGUUAAUAAUAAGGAUAUUAAAAUUAUUUCAAAGUUUAUCUAAAGUUGAACCAAGAAUGAAGAAAAAAAUAUUACCUACUAUAGUUGAUUUAAUGAUUAAAACUCAAGCAAGUUCUUUAAUUUAUGAAUGUAUAAAUUGUAUUGUAAAUGGUCAAAUGUUAUCAAAUGAAAGUUAUAAAGAUAAAGAAACAGCAAGGAUAUGUAUGGAUCAUAUAAUGACAUUUUUUGAAACUAAAGAUUCAAAUUUAAAAUUUAUUGGAUUAAUUGCAUUAAUUAAUAUUGUUAAAAUAUUUCCAAUUUUUAUGCAUCAAGUAGAUGGAGUAUCUAAAGUGAUUAUGGAUUGUUUAAAUGAUAAUGAUUUAAUUAUAAAAAGUAAAGCAUUGGAAGUUGUAAAUUAUUUAGUUAAUGAAGAUAAUAUAGUUGAAGUUGUAAAAGUUAUGAUAUUACAAUUAGUUCCAACUGAGACAAUAAAUGAUGAUUUGAAAUUACAAAUUACAAAUAAGAUAAUACAAAUUGCAUCGUUGGAGAAUUAUCAAAAUAUUCCAAAUUUUAGAUGGUACGUCGCUGUUAUAAAAGAUAUUGUAAAUUUAACUUUAUUACCUUCAAAUUCAGUAAUUACAGUAUCAUCAACAACUGCGAAUGAAAUUUCAAUUUUAAUAGGUAAAGAGUUUAAAAAUUUAGCAACUAAAGUACCGUCAAUUAGACCAAAUUUAAUGAAGGUAAAUAUUGAAUUAGUACAAAAUUUACAAAUAUUGGAAACUUGUCCAUCGAUAUUAGUUGAUCUUUAUUGGAUAAUAGGUGAAUAUAUUGAUCAAUUGAAAGAAGAUGAAGAUGAGGAAAUUAUUGGAAUGGAACAAAAGAUUAAUAUGUUAAAUACAUUAGUUAAUUGUAGAAUUGAUAAGAAGUUAAAUUUAUCAAAUGAUUUACAUUUCCCAAUAUCUCAGAAAUUGAUAAGUUUAUCCCAUUCAAAUGUAUUAACUGUAUUAAUCCAAGCUUUAAUUAAGUUAUACAGUGGGAUUGUUUCAGAUUACAUAAAUUCUUAUUCAAAUAAUGACGAAUUACCAAAGGAUAGAUUUGAUGAAUUGGGAUAUCAUUUAUAUAAAUUAAUUAAUUUUUUAUCUAAUUGGGAAAGUCAUUCAAAUUAUGAAGUUCAAGAAAGAGCUUUAUCAUGGUUAGAAUUUUUAAAACUAUCAUUAGAAGCAAUGACGGAUAAUAAUUUGACAGAUAUAACGAAGUUAGAGAAAGACGACAUUGAAUUUUAUAAGAAUUUAAAACUUGAACAAGUUAUUGAAAGCGAAUCAGAAUCAGAAUCAAGUGAAGAAGAAGAAGAAGAAGAAGAAGAAGAGGAAGAAGAAGAGGAAGAAGAAGAAGGAGAUGAUGAUUAUGAAGAUUUAUCAUCAUUAGAAGAAGAAGAGGAAAAACCAGAGGAAAAUGUUUCUAGACCAGCACCUGCUGAAUUCGAACAAAAUCCAUUUAUCGAAAAUGAAGUACAAGAUUCAUCAACUAAAAAAUUACCAUUAUUAUUAACUCAUAUCCUACCUUCAUUUUUCAAAUCAUAUCCAUUAAAUCCAGUUGCAAGAAAUGCACAACGUAAUAUUCCAAUUCCUGAUGAUUUAGAUUUAGACACUGAAAUUAAUCUGCCUAAAUUUGAAAUUGAAAUUGAUGAAAAUGAUGAAUAUUCAGAUUCUUAUGAUUUAUUUAUUUCAGAUGAAGAAGAUCAGCCUUUAAUUCAAUUAGAUAGUGACAUGAAUCAAGAAGAAAAGAAAAAAGAAAGAAUUGAAAGAUUAAAAGAUGAUCCAUAUUAUAUUGAAAAUAAAAAAUCAAAGAAGAAAUCAAAAUCAACUAAACCUAAGAUCGAGCAAAGUUCAACACCUGACAAUCAAAGUGAUAUAAUCUCGAUAACUUCAGACAAAAAGAAGAAGAAGAAACCAAAAAUGAAAAAAGAAAAAGUUUUAAUCUUAGGUGAAGAAACAGUAAAUGGUGAAGAUAAAAUUGAAGAACCAUCACCUAAGAAAUCAAGUAAAAAGAAGAGUAAUUUCAAAAUUGAUAGUUCUAAUUUAGAUAAUUUUGAAUUAACUACUGAAUCACCAGAGAUUCAACAAAAUGAAUAUGAAAUUGAUCUUGAAGCUUUAAGACAAAAUUUUACAAAAUCGACAAUCGAUAAACCUAAAAAGAAAAAGAAAAAGGAUACAAAUGGUACAGUUAAACCAAAAAAGAAAAAGAAAGCUGUAAUUAUCGAAUAA